AUGAACGACGACGAGUUCGAGGACCUCUUCAUCUCCGACACGGAGCCGGAGGAGCUGUACGAGGAGUUGGGCCCCAUCGGCGUCGGCAAUUACGGCUCUGUUGUCAAGGCACGCAACCGCCAGACGCAGGCCAUCGUGGCGAUCAAGCUCGUCCUCCUCGUGGACAAGGAUGAGCGGGACUUUGUGCAAAAGGAGAUCAGCAUCCUGAAGAAAUGCCUCCACCCGAACAUUGUGCGCUACCACGGCGCCCACAAGUCGCUGAGCAAGCUGUGGAUCGUGAUGGAGUACUGCGAGGGCGGGUCGGUGGACAUGGUGUACAAGGUCCUGCGCCACCCGCUGCCGGAGCACCUCAUCGCGUACGUCUGCCGCCAGGUGCUGCUGGGCCUGCAGUACCUGCACGCCAACCGCAAGAUCCACCGCGACAUCAAGGGCGGCAACAUUCUGCUCACGCGUGAGGGCGAUGUGAAGCUGGCAGACUUCGGCGUCAGCACGGAGCUGUCGCACUCCCUCUCACGGCGCAACACCUUCGUCGGCACGCUGCUGUGGAUGUCGCCCGAGGCGAUACUCGAGCUCGACUACGACGAGAAGGCGGACCUGUGGAGCCUCGGCAUCACACUCAUCGAGAUGGCGGAGGGGGCGCCGCCGUACCUCGAUACGCACCCUGCCCGCGCGCUCUUCAUGAUUCCGAAGCUCGACCCGCCGACGCUGCACGAUAAGGAGCGCUGGUCGCCGCAGAUGACGCUCUUCCUCAAGCGGCUGCUGACGAAGGACCACAACCUGCGCCCCACCGCGUCGACGAUGCUCAACGACCCCUUCGUGCUGCCGGAGAACAUGGGCAGCAAGGAGCAGAUGAAGGCGAUCAUCGAAGAGGUGCUCGCCAAGAAGGAGACGAUGGGGCCGCAGCGGCUGCACGGCGACACAAACUCAAGCGCAACGUUUGUGGAGCGCACAUCAACCGAGAGCGACGACGACGGCGCGGGCAGUAACGACAGCGGCAUGAGCGGCAAGCCGUCUGCUGCGCCAAAGGUUCCCGCUAGUAACUCCCCUACGUCUAUGGAGGCGUUGGAUAUGAGCGGAACUCAGCUCUUCUUUCAUGACGGAACGCUGCUGCCGCUGCCGCUGCUCUCCACGCACGACAUCAGCUUCGAUGAGUUGAGCUUCGACGGCGAGCGCACGGGGCCGUUCGCAAAGCCGGUGCCCGAUACGGAGGCGCUGCUCGUGCCGCCGGAGCAGCGAUCGGCAGCAUGCCACGAGAGCGGGCGGCUGGCGCACACCAUGCACGUCACGCACACACUCAAGGGGAUGCUGCACUACCACAAGCAGAUGCCGUUCUUUCGCGAGCUGACAGACGCAGAGGCGGUGAAGUCGAAGGAGCUGCAGCUGAAGUACGGCUCCGUCCUGAAAAGUAUCUACCGCCUGUAG